AUGCCGUCCGCAGUUCCAUCAAAACCAUCAUCGUCGUCCAGCUCAUCGCCAGGAAUCGAGGCCUCACCCAGGCUCCGUGGCAACUCCAAGCCCACCUUUUUGUUCAUCGACUCGCAGGCCGACAACCCGCAGAAUCCCUCAAUAAACAAGCAAAAGCAGGCAUUUCUCCUGCGAAACUACCACUGGAAGAAAAAGCAAGCCUCGAUUGCGAGGCUAAAACCUUCAAAGCCGUCGAAACCAUCCCCAUGUCUUGUCCACGGCGGAACCUCGAAUUUCUCGCCCGCAUAUCCUUGGGAUGCCAUUGCAGAAGAGAAUGAAGAGUUCCAGUCAGACUGUCCGCAAGGAACGUUCAAUCGGGUUGCAAAAAUGUCGGAGAUGUGGUCUCUGAAAGCGUAUCUGAGCCAGGUCCGGAUCCACACCAUCGCCUCCUGUUAUCCCCUUGACUCCACCCGCAUGAGCAUUUGGUGGUGGCAGAGAGCAAUCUCCCAGCCGGCUCUGCUCCAAGCACUCCUCUUCCUCACGGCGGGACACCACGCAACCCUCAAAUCCAACAACGGAGUCGUCUCCACAGCCAGCGAGAAAUCAAUCAAAGACUCCCUCCGUCUCCGCGGGAACACCCUCAAAACGCUGAACGAUAUCCUGCAAGAUCCCAUAAAAGCCGUCGCAGAGUCCACCACCCUCAUCGUAGCGUCGCUGGUUGCUAUUGAGGCGGUGGAUGCCAACUUUGAGGCUGUGCACGCACACAUGAAAGGUCUAAAGAGACUCAUCCAUCUCCUUGGCGGCCUCGACGCCCUGGACCACAUGACCAUCUCCAAAAUCUACCAGAGCGAUGUCAAAAGCGCAGCCCUCCAAAACUCCCGUCCCACAUUUCCCAUGUCCGCCCGCUGGCGCAGCGAGAUUCUCCAGGAAUUUACUCUCUCCCGCUCAACAGAACACCUUCACGUCUCUAAAUCUCUCGAGGCACUGGGGAACCGCUUCUUCGCUGCACCGUGGUAUCCGACCUUAGACAACACCUUGAAGACUUUCGUCCAGGUUCUACGGCGCCUGAUAAUCUACUUCGAGGCUGCGCAGCAGCAGCCCUCAAUCGUCCUGCCGACGGACAACGACCUCUUCUUGGUGUUCGAGCACCAGCUCCUAUCGACCGUGUAUGAGACCGGCACGACUCUGUUGCAGGAGCCACUGCGCUUGUCACUACUGAUCUACCUGAACCUGCGGAUCUGGCAUUUCCAGGCCUUUCCGUUCAUGCAGUUCAUGGUCGAGGCCUUGAGGAGGAGUCUGGUACCGGCAUACGGACAUGCCCAAUCCACCGCGCCGGAUCUCCUUUUCUGGAUCCUGUUCGUCGGAGCGAUGGCGUCGCAAGGCUAUAAAUGUCACCCCUGGUUCGUCAGCCGGUUAACGGAGAUGACGCGUCGUCUGGAUUUGGUCGAAUGGGAGAAAGCGAGGGAAACGCUAGGUGGGUUUUUCUAUACCGAUCAGCCGGGCGAGAGAGGUGCAGAGAAUCUGUGGAACGAGGUGCUUCUAAUGGAGAGUUACCCGUACAUCGCCCCAAAACCGACGUCCCAGGUCCUCGUGUUAUGA